GAAGCCGGUGCUGGAGCGGAGCCGCCAAAACAACUCCGCCGCCUGCUCUGCAUUCUCGAUGGAGUCGCCGGUCACGGGCCGCGUUCCCUCCGAGGGCGCCCUUCAGGCGGGCGUGGCCGAGGUGCGCUGCCCGGGCCCCGCGCCACUGCGCCUGCUUGAGUGGAAGGUGGCGGUGGGCGCGGCUGUGCGCAUAGGUUCCGUGCUGGCUGUGUACGAAGCCGCCGCCACCGCGCAGCCCUCCGGGCCCACCCCGUCCCGCGCAGCAUCUGGGGGCAGCGUGCGCGCCGCACGGGCCGAACGCAGGCUCCGGUCGGAGCACGCGGGCGUGGUGCGGGAACUGUGCGUGCAGCCUGGUCAGGUGGUGGCCCCCGGUACGGUUCUGGUGAGACUGGAAGGAUGUAGCCACCCUGUUGUCAUGAAAGGCCUGUGUGCUGAGUGUGGCCAGGACCUGACCCAGCUGCAGAGUAAGAAUGGGAAGCAGCAGGUCCCUCUGUCCACAGCAACCGUGUCAAUGGUGCACAGCGUGCCAGAGCUGAUGGUGAGCUCUGAGCAAGCUGAAGAGCUAGGACGGGAAGACCAGCAACGACUGCAUCGGAACAGAAAGCUGGUGCUCAUGGUAGACUUGGACCAGACACUGAUCCACACGACAGAGCAGCACUGUCCGCAGAUGUCGAACAAAGGCAUCUUUCACUUCCAGCUGGGCCGGGGAGAGCCAAUGCUGCACACCCGCCUGCGUCCUCACUGCAGGGACUUUCUGGAGAAGAUCGCCAAGCUGUAUGAGCUUCACGUCUUCACUUUCGGCAGCCGGCUGUAUGCACACACUAUUGCAGGCUUUUUAGACCCUGAGAAGAAGCUUUUUUCUCAUCGAAUAUUAUCAAGGGAUGAAUGUAUUGACCCGUUUUCUAAAACAGGAAACCUUAGAAACCUCUUUCCUUGUGGAGACUCGAUGGUAUGCAUCAUUGAUGACCGCGAAGAUGUAUGGAAGUUCGCGCCCAACUUGAUCACAGUGAAGAAGUAUGUAUACUUCCCGGGUACAGGGGACAUGAACGCGCCCCCUGGCUCCCGGGAGUCUCAAGCUAGAAAGAAAGUGAACCAUUUUGCUAAAGGGGCCGCAGCAGAGCAGGCACCACCUGCCAGAGACCCUGAGGAAGGAAAACAGACCCCUGGGCCUGAGCAGAGGGACGGCUUGGGGCCACCUGCAAGGCAGCUCAACGGUGUCCAGGCUUCUCCUGAGGGGGACUCGCCCCGGCCUGGGCAGGUGGGUGAGAGGGAUGUCCGGCCACUGGCCCAAGCCCUGGAGCCCCAGGAGCCCUGCAGGCAGGGCGGACAGGCCUCCCCAAAGAUGCAGUCUGCACAGGGCACCCCGGGCACAGACUUGGAUUUCGACUUAUCCAGUGACAGCGAGAGCAACAGUGAGUCAGAGGGACCUAAGUCACAGUCCUCUGCCAACUCUGAUGGAGAAAGCCAGGAAAAGAACAGCCCAAGGGUGCCGCUGCAGGGAGGCCCCCCUGACCCGGGCGGCGGGAGGCCUGCAGGGGCCAGUCACCCCAGGGAGGCUGGGCCCAGCAUCCAUCCUCAGGACAGAGGGCCUGAGCCAGGCACGCCGGAGGAGAAUGAGCGCGAUAGCCCGUGCGGCCUGGGCAAUGGCUGUGUGGACAGGAAGGAGGCCGAAACCGAGUCGCAGAAUAGUGAACAGUCAGGCAUCACCGCAGGCGAGUCCCUGGACCAGAGCGUGGAGGAGGAGGAGGAGGACACAGACGAAGAUGACCACCUUAUCUAUCUGGAGGAGAUUCUGGUGCGCGUGCACACUGACUAUUAUGCCAAGUAUGACAGCUACCUUAAGAAGGAGAUCGAAGAAGCUCCAGAUAUUCGGAAAAUUGUGCCCGAACUCAAGAGUAAAGUGUUGGCGGACGUGGCCAUCAUAUUUAGUGGGCUGCACCCAACCAACUUCCCCAUAGAGAAGACCCGGGAGCAUUACCACGCCACGGCCCUCGGAGCGAAGAUCCUCACUCAGCUGGUACUGAACCCGGAUGAUCCUGGCAGAGCCACCCACCUGAUUGCUGCCCGGGCCGGCACAGAGAAGGUCCUGCAGGCGCAGGGGUGCGAGCACCUGCAUGUGGUCAGCCCUGACUGGCUUUGGAGCUGCCUGGAGCGCUGGGACAAAGUGGAGGAGCAGCUCUUCCCACUCAAGGAGGACGACGCCCGCGCACAGAGGGACAGCGGCCCUGCGGCCUUUUCUGACAGGGAGGGCGUGCCCCAGACCACCCUGUUUCACCCAAUGCCUGUGCACCCCAAGGCCCCACCAGGCCCAGAAGUCCGGGUCUACGACUCCAGCACCGGGAAGCUGGUCAGGACAGGUGCCCAGGGCCCGCGGCCCACGCCCCCUGGUGCCCUGCCUGUCCACCAGGAACCCUCUUCUUUCAGAGCUGUCCCGCCUCAGCAGCAGAUGUUUGGUGAAGAGCUUCCCGAUGCUCGGGACGGAGAGCAGCCUGGCCCUUCUAGAAGGAAGCGACAGCCCAGUAUGUCAGAGACAAUGCCGCUGUACACUCUUUGUAAGGAGGAUUUAGAGAGUAUGGACAAAGAGGUGGAUGACAUCCUGGGCGAGGGCAGCGACGACAGCGACAGUGAGAAGAAGCAGCCAGGAGAGCAGGAGGAGGAGCUGGAGGGCCGGCGGCAGGCCAGGACAGCGGGGGCCCGGAAGGGGCUGGCAGCAGGGGCAUCCUCCCCCAGCGAAAGGAACUCAGCCCGUGGGACUAGAGGCCAUAAGAGGAAGCUGAACGAGGACGACGCCAGCGAGUCCAGUAGGGAGUCCAGCAAUGAGGACGAGGCCAGCAGCUCAGAGGCGGACGAGAUGGCAGCCGCACUUGAGGCGGAGCUGAACGACUUCAUGUGACACCAUCCCAGCAGCCAGGCUGGAGGCGUGUACCAGCCGUGCCCAGCCUCCACUCGGCUUCCUCUCCUCCAGAAAGACGUGUAUAUUUUGUAGAUCUCCACAUACAGAAACACGUUAUUUUCCUGAGAAAUGGGUGUUUUUAAGAAGUUUUACUACAGGAAAGUCUACUUUUGUAAGCAACAGCGUGCACGGGGAGUUGGUGCUGUGCCAAAGAGCUGCAGUGCCACAGGGCCUGGAGCGGGUGGGCGGCAUGCGAGCCCCCUAUGUACCAGCACAUCUGUGGGCAAAGACUGGCUAGACGGUCCUGUGGCAACAACUGGGCUCUUGUCCUGCCUUUCACAGCAAAGCCAUCAGAGUCUGAGAUGAUUCUUGUACACUCAGAGCAGCACACACGUGCACGGAACAUGCAGCCAGGUGGGCCCCACUGUUUCAGAGUGACUGUGACCUGUGGGGCCCACAAGCAGCCUGACUGCCAUCGGGCAUCCCCCACUGGGUGUCAGGCAUAAAGGGGGUGUCUCUCUGGGGCGGCAUUAACUGCUUUGAGAGUCUUAUGUAAAAUUUCUGUGUGUCUGUUUUAUAUCCCACCCGCCAAAUGUUCAA